GCUCCAGAUGUGAACUGAAACCUGAAUCCUCGCUGCUCUGGAUCUGUGUAUUUUGGGAUGUUUGACUCGAGGCAGGACAAAGACACGUUUCCAGGAACAGUGUGACCGAGCAGAUGUUUCUGCUGUGGGAGGAGGAGAAGAAAGAGGAGGAGAAGAAAGAGGAGGAGAAGAAGAGGAGCGGGUGUUUGUGCAGAAGAAGAAGAAGUUUCCUCUCUGACGGCUCCUCCCCCUCAGAUAUGGCUGAAGAUGUCCGUGGACUCUGAGAACUCCUGUGUUCUGACGUCAUGUGUCUUCCAAACAGCUGAUGAGAAAGAUGAGAGCGUUCUGGAGAUGCUGAGUUACUCGAAGUUCUCCGACCUGGAGACAUGGCUGUGCACGCCAUCCUCGCUGCUGCUGCCCCGGGCGCUGGACUCCGCCUUCACCUCCUCCUCCUCCUCCACCUCCUCUUCCUCACAUGCGUCCAACCACUCCUCCUCCUCCUGCUCCUCCUCGCCCGCCUCCGACUCCCGUCGCUCCACCGUCAGCGACCCGGGAGACGACGACAGGUUGUCAGAGAUAGAAUCCACCUUCUUCUCUCCUUCACUGGCGAAGGAGACGCCCUUUCUGUCCACGCCCCUCCUCUCCUCAACCCCUGCCGCCGCGGCGCUGAGCUCAGGGACGUCAGCUGGAGACUCCGCCUCCCAGGGCGGGGUCAGCAUCAGGAAGCGGCGGCGGCUCGCUGCCAGUCCCGGAGGACUCCACUGGAACUCUGCAGGUUCGGUGCAGCGUGAAUUCUGGUCACCUGAUCCGUCUCCUGGGUCGGGGGGGUGUGCAUCAGCAGCAGCAGGAGGAGGAGGAGCAAGGAGCCUCCCUCUGGCUGAGGUGGGCAGGGCGUCACCGGCGUGCGGCAGCGAGCGGGCGGCCUUGAGGAAGACGGUUUCGGUUGACGAUCGUCUGCUGCAGCCGGCGGUCGGAGAGCAGCGACGUGUGCGACUCCUGAGUCGACUGGAGAGAGGAAGGAAGAAGCUGCGGAACGUCCACACUGUGGGAAAUACAGGAAGAUUCGACACCAGGAAAAAGUCCGACAGUAAGAUCUCACGGUUGACUCAGAGGUGGAAUCCGAGGUCGGCUGGAGAUGCUCUGAUUAAAGACCUGAAACCCAGAACCUCACUCAGUCUGGACAGCAGACGCCUCCCGGGUGUUAUGACCCAGCAGAUGCAGAACCUGCAGUUGGCCCAGACCAGGAAGUGCCCCGGUGGGCCGGCCUCCCCCAGCGCCGCCAAGCGCCUCUACAGGAACCUGUCAGAGAAGCUGCGAGGAAGCACCUCCUCCUUCGAAGAUGCCUACUUCUUCGGGAAGACGGAUCGUCUCCGUAAGGCCUCUACGAUGCAGGGCAGCGACUGCAUCUUCGAGGCGGUGGAGCAGCAGGACCUGGACACGGUGCAGAUUCUUCUCUAUCAAUUCUCGGCCGAGGAGCUGGACCUGAACACCCCCAACAGCCAGGGCCUGACGCCGCUGGACAUCGCCAUCAUGACCAACAACACGCCCAUCGCCAAACUGCUGCUGAAGGCUGGCGGCAAGGAGAGUCCUCACUUCGUGAGCGUGGCGAGCCGCGAGGCUCACCUGAGCUCUCUGAUGCUGGAGGCGGAGCGGCGGGCGGCGGACCUGGCGGCGCAGGCCCAGAGGGACGGCCUGUCGCUCGAGGCCUGUCACAAAGACAAACAGCUGAGAAUCUGGGAGUGGAGGAGCAAACUGUACAAACGCAUGAGGACGGGCUUCCAGCACGCACGAGCUCCGGAGGCCCCGUCUAUGGUGCGUCUGAGCGUGAGCAGCAGCUCCACGCUGACCGUCACGUUCCAGGAGCCGCUGUGUCUCAACUCUACGGUGGUGACCAAAUACCGAGUGGAGUGGAGCUGUUUGAAGGACUUCUCUCUCCUCGCUGGAGAGACGCUGUUGGACAACCUGCAGAGUCUGAAGUGCACCAUCAGCAGUCUGACCACGGGUCGACUUUACUACGUUCGAGUGUCGGCCUUUAACAUGAAGGGCUGGGGUCCGCCCACCUCCUCGCUCCCCCCAUCUGCAGCUCCUUCCAAUUGGAGGGAGAGUGACGGUCGGGAGCCGAAGAGACGAGGACACAUCGAGGCCAUGGAGCGUCUGCUGCAGCAGGUCCGAGCCACGCACACACACUACUGCUGCGGAGACGCGUCCAAACUCCAGAACCCGAGCAGGAAGCAGUCGGUCUCCAGGAGCAUCAAACAUCUUUUCAACUCGUCCAACAAGUUUGUGAAAACUCUGAAGAGGGGGAUUUAUCUGGCGGCCAUCUUCUACCAUAAGGACAGUUUGUUGGUGACGGCAGAGGAUCAGAUCCCCAUCGUCGAGGUGGACGACUCCUACAGCAGCUCCCUCAUGCAGGAGUUCCUCUGGUUCACCAAGCUGUCCUGUAUGUGGGAGGACGUGCGGUGGCUGAGACAGAGCAUGUCCGUCUCCAUGUCGUCCUCGUCCACGCUGCAGGCUCGACACAAGAUGCUCACCGCCGCCGCGCAGCUGCAGAACCUCCUGGGAACUCACAACCUGGGCCGCGUCCACUACGAGCCCAUCAAGGAUCGCCACGGCAACGUGCUGCUGGUGACGAUCCACGACACGGAGAGUCAGCACGCGCUGUUCAGCGGGAAGUGGAUGCAGGUGACGAAACUGCAGAGCCAGAGGAAGUCUCUGUCCACGCCGGAGGAGCCGUACGCCCUCGACAUCCUCAUCAUCACCAUCCAGGACAUCUUGGCGUACCAGCGGCGCGGCACUCAUCGCCUGGCGCCCGGCCUCUACCUGGGCUUCCUGAAGCUCAGCAGCUCCGUCGACCAAAUCCGAGUCCUGGUGUCGCAGCGAACUCCCAACAUGCUCUGUCACACCCGCGUCCGAGAGAACGCCAACGUCUCCAGGGACGAGUGGGACUGGAUCCAGAAGCUGGCUGCCGCAGGUGAGACGGAGCACGGCAGGACGGAGGGCGAGGAGGGCGAGGAGGGCGGGCCCAGAGCAGAGAGCCACGCCCCCUUACUGUUCUACGAGCUGCAGACGGCGAUCAAGUCUCUGCUGAAGCUCAUCAACCAACCUCUGCACCAGGCCCGUCACUUCCGUGUCUACAGCCAGGAAGUGGUGGAGCUCGGUCACGGCGUCUCCUUCCUGCUGCUGCUGCCGGCGGCCGAUGACGUUUGCUCCGCCCCCGGGCAGUCCAACCCCUACACCCCCCUGUCAGGGUUCCUCCUCCUCCCCCUGCCGAUGUUCGAACUGGUUCAUUUCUGCACCUACAAAGAGAAGUUCAUCAGUCUGUACUGCCGUCUGUCCUCCGUCCUGGACCUGGACGCCCUCAUUACCCAGCAAGCACUGCGGGAGGCCAUCACCGACAGCGAGGUGACCACAGCCAAACAAAGACACCAGCUCAUCCUGGACUACAUCCAGCAACUGGACGAAAUGCGUCGGGACCUUCGUUGGAUCACGGACGCUUUGCAGUACGCUCGCUACAAGCAGCCUCGUGGCGGCGCACCGAUCACCUGCCUGGUAGACGCCAACGCUCCAGAGAGUCUCUCCGACCAACAGAAGACCGACUCCACCUCCUCGACCAUGGACUACUUGCCCACGCCUUCGCCCUCGCCUGAACUCCACAGGAGGAAAGCCAUCAGUGACUCUCUGCUUGGCUCCGAUGAAGACGGCUCCUCUGAGGUUUUUCUGCCGACAGACAGCGACUACGACUCCAGCGACGCACUGAGCCCCCGCGAGCUGGACCUGCUCUACUCUCCGUCCCAGGACCUGUCCCAGCAGGCCGUGCACUCGCUGGGCGGCAGCGCCCCCGAUGUGCUGCAGAUCCACGAGCUCAGGUACAGCGUCUGCCCGCCCAAAGACCCCCCCCUCUCCCCAACGGUGAAGGAUCCCACAUCUAAAGACGCUCCUCUCUCCUCCCCCCUUCUCCCUCACUCUCCCUCUCUAUCCAAAGACUUCCCUCUCUCUAUAUCCACUUUACCUCGAUCGCCCUCCCUGUCCAGGACCCUCCCCACCUCUCCGUCCCUCCCCCUCUCCCCCAGAUUCUCCAAAGACCUGCCUCUGUCCCUCCCCCUCUCCCCGGGUCUGUCCGACACCACCAAGACUCUGGAGGGCCUCUCCCUGUCCAAGAGCCACCAGGAGGAGGUUGCUCCCCUAAGGGCCCUCACCAACCCCCCCGCCAAGCGCAAACUGCUCUCCAGGAGUCACAGGGGCCAGUACUUCAGUGGGCCCCAGCGCUGGCUGAGGGGCCAGAGCGGGGAGAGUCACACCGGGUCUUUAUCUGAGGGCGUCUACACCAAGCAGCUAGAAACAAACCUUCCCCUGCUCGGGGACCUGCCCAACCCACAGGGCACCACCUACGUUAGCCACGCCUCCCACGUCCUCGAGAGUCGGAGGGGCCGACAGCGGGAGCCACGGCCCCACGUCCGCAGGAUCUUCGUAGAGCCCUGCAACAAGCUGUCGCCGGGCCACGAGAGGAGGGGCUGGGACGAGGAGGAAGGUGGAGAGAUGGCAGAGAAGGCGGCGGCUGCAGGUGUGUCGAUGGUCGAGGCGCACGGGGCGGCGUCUGGGGGGGAUGGGGAGGGGCCAGAGGGAGCCACUGCGCAGGACGUAGAUUCAGACGACCAAACCAAUGCCCAAGUGUCAGAGAUACUGAGCAGCUCGCUGUAGAGUCGGAACAACUUCUGAGGAUUUAAAGCUUCACUGGGCAAAUUUUCAACAACAGCUUUUAUUUCAAUUCACACUGAAACAUCAUGUCAUUGGUUCUGUCGCCAUGUUUGACGUCUCUACACUUUCUACGACAUCGGCCCUCGCAGGUCAGUGGAGCAGCCGCGCAGCACACGUUAGAUUAUCCUCCGUUAAAACUCUUCGGUCUGAAGGAGUCGCUCAGUGGUUCGUAGAACCAGCCUUUUUUGACCCAAUGCUUCCAAGGACCCACAGGAACUCAACUCAGGAACUCAGUAAGGAAGUCAAGGUCUGUUUGCGUUUCCACAGAAUCAGAAGAGAUGUACAGAUGAGACAAAUCCCAUCAUGGUAAAUGGUCUGUAUUUAUCCAGAUGUUUUCUAGACUUGAUGACACAAAGCGCUUUACACUACAGGUUUUCACAGUCACAUUCAUACAGUUUUUCUAUGAGGGGCAUUUGGAGUUCAGUAUCUUGCCCAAGGACCCUUCAGCAUGCAGAUGGGGAAGACUGGUAUUGAACCCAAACCUCCUGGUUAGAGGACAACCACUUUAACCCCUUAGCCACAGCUGCUUCCCUGUGGGAAGUUCUACACCAGAGAACCAGAGAACCUGGAACAGUCGUCAGUUUGGUUCUUGGUUCCAAACAAAGGUUUAGUUGUGAGUUCCUUCAAGGUUCUUGGUCUCUAACAGAAGAUCGUCUGCUGUUACCAAACAGGAAGUGAGAGACAAACCAACUUCCUUCUGUGAUUGAUGUCCCAACUUCUCCAUCUUCUCGCAGUGAGAAGUUUGAACUUAAACCUGAUUCAGAACUUUGCCCAGUCUUGCUUUAAAAUAACCUCAGAUUCUGGUUGAUGACGAUCGAGAGUCAAACCUGGACGUCAGCUGCAACCCCCUCUCUCUGUGUUGUCUCUCUAUCAUGGUGAUGAUUGGCCCGUGUUCAGGGCUGAUGGCUGAUGGUGAGCGGCCCUCGGGCCUCUGUUUAGUUGCUGGUUCAACUCUGCCAAGUCUCAGAACCCAUGGCAUUGACUGUUACAAAGAAAAAAUCAAUGCAACAAGAAACCAAGCACUGCUUCUCCGAUCAGGAACUUUGCACACGGCUCUGUAAGUCGACUGUGGCUUUUCUCCCACUUUAGUUAAAGUCUCUUAAACUCUCGAAGGUUUCCGAGGUUUCCUGCUGAAGAUCUCCGUGGCCUCGUCUCAGAGCAUGAAUCUACUUGAAGUGACUGUUCAGUCUUUUCCCAUCGUGGUCUCCUGUGAUGAUUGAAUCCCGUCUUUCAGUCAGUGUUUUUUUCUCCUGUGGGUCUUAAUGUGGUCGACUUGCGGUGAGUUUAAAGAAAAAUAUAUAAUUUGCCGAGGUAUCGAACACGUGAGCGGCCUCAAUCACUAAAGACGAGAAAGCUUAAAGUAGGAAGUAUUUUUGUAUCCUCGGAUUUAAACCUGUGCUAUUUUACCUGGAAUGUUGACGAGUCGUCGAAGCUGUAUAUUGUUGGCAUGAAGUCGUUUGUAGCUGUCGUUUUGGGGGGGGGGGGGGUGGGACCGAAGCUUCGUGCCCUCCUGGUUCAGCGUCAAGACGCCAGGGGUCAUAGGUCGGGGGAGGGGUCAGGAUUCUAUUAAAAACAGUCUGCACUUUGCCCCUCGGACCGACCUCCCAGUCGACCUGACGCCGUUUGUGUUGUGCUGUUGUGUUGACUCUCUGUCGGCUCGGUUCCUGUCGUGUUCCCUCACAAGCUGCUGGUGUGUUUAACGUUUUCUUUUCUGCUCGCGACCAAAACCUGCAACAGUUUUAAAGAAAGGUCAGAGAGCUGGUGGAACAUGCACAGAUUUUACACGUAUGCACAGAAUUUACAAAGUGCGUUUUUAAUGUUUGCACAUAGCAAUUAUGGAAUAAAAGCUAAUGAAAUAUUUGAUGGGCAUUAACUGUGGCAGCUUUGAUCAUUAACGAGUUUAAUGUCCUGAUGUAUGAAGUGAAGUUCACAGCUUCUGUCGUUUGAAUGUGUAGAAUCUGAUCCAUCGCUAAUUCAAAUAUUUACACUGCAGGACUCAUAAAUAUGUUAAUUUACACUCACUUAAAAUCAGAUUGAUGUUAAAAUCAUGCUGAUGUCAGGUGAUUGUUAGCCUAGCUUAGCAUAAAGACUUGAAGCCGGGAGAAACAGGUAGACUCUGUUCAACGCUAAAUAUGUAACAUAUAAAUUUGAAUACUAUCUUGUCAUGUCUCCGCACUGGUGACACCUAGUGGUUGGAGUCAUUAUUUCUUCAGGUUCUCUGUCCAUCUUGUUCUUGUGAACACGAUAUCUCAACGACGCUUUGAGGGGUUAACUUCACAUUUUUUACAAACAUUCACUUGGACUCACAGAUGAACUGAUUGGAUUCCAAAGGUCAAAGGUCACAGUGACCUCAUACGAGUUCUGUUUGUGGUCUGUCAGAUGCUCUGUUUCCAGUCUUUAUGCUAAGCUAGGCUAAUCAGCCUCUGGCUGCAGCUCAACACUCGAUGAUGACAUCAGGCUCGUCAUGUGACUCAACGAGAAAACAACAAACAUCAAACUUCAUCAGUCUUUUGGUUUUUAAAACUCUAAACUUGAAUUUUUUAUGUAGUUCAGGCGUUUAUCAGCUGUGAAAAGAUUUGAUUAAAUAACUGUUAAGCCAUAAAAGAAAACCAAAAACCACAAGAACAGUGAAUGCACCUGAAACGUCACUAAUAAAACUUUAUUUACAAUAACCCCCCCCUCGGUCCACAAUCAAAGAAGCCAUAAUUAUUAUUCUACGUUAUUUUGUCACCUGAUUUAGUUUAGAAGGAUUUUAUGAUAUUGUUUUAUAAGAUAAAGUCGAUGAAGUUCCUGUCUCUGAUCUGAUGCAUCUGAAGGUGAAGUUUGUUGAAGCGACUCUUCACAUGUUGUAUUUAUUUCACUUCCUUCAUGUUUGGACGUUAACGACCUUCAUUCACCUCCACAAGCUUCUGUCUGUAUAUUUCUGCAUCACUAACAUUUAUUCAGAUUAUUAUGAAUCCACUUUAUUUAUUUUCAGAAGACGGACGAUUCGAUUUUUUUAAUGUAAUAAAUAAACCUGCAGUGUUUUCAUUCACAUGAUCAGAUGAAUUUUAACAACUGAAAUAAAUGUUUCUCAUGUGGAUGUUAAUGUGCAUUUAAAACCUGUGAGUUUGUCUUUGAUCAGGAUUCAGCUGUGUGUGUGUGUGGCUCCAGUUCCUUUGAUUCAUUCACCAAAAGUCUCAAUUUCAACCAUUAAAACGUUAUUAUCAUCACAUGAUUUUUCAUGUUAAAUAAUUGAUUUGUUUGUAGAAAUGAUUUCAAAAUUACUCAAAGUGAAACUUUAGCAAUUUUUACACGAUAAAGUAAAUUACUCUAAUUACUUGAAUAACUUCCAUUUCAGUUUGACUUUGACUUUUUACUGUUGAGUUUAUUUAACUCAAAUCAUCAUUUUAUAUUUUCACGUGCAAACUGCAGCUGUCACAUAAAUAUGAUGCAAUAAAAAACUGGUGUAGUAGAAA